AUGAAGACCCCGGCAGACACAGGGUUUGCCUUCCCGGACUGGGCCUACAAGCCCGAGUCGUCGCCCGGCUCGAGGCAGAUCCAGCUGUGGCACUUCAUCCUGGAGCUGCUGCGGAAGGAGGAGUACCAGGGCGUCAUCGCCUGGCAGGGGGACUACGGGGAGUUCGUCAUCAAGGACCCCGACGAAGUGGCCCGGCUCUGGGGUGUCCGCAAGUGCAAGCCCCAGAUGAACUACGACAAGCUGAGCCGGGCCCUGCGCUAUUAUUAUAACAAACGCAUUCUGCACAAAACUAAGGGGAAACGGUUCACCUACAAAUUCAACUUCAACAAACUGGUGCUUGUUAACUACCCUUUCAUUGAUGUGGGGCUGGCUGGGGGUGCGGUGCCCCAGAGCGCCCCUCCAGUGCCAUCGGGCGGCAGCCACUUCCGAUUCCCUCCUUCAACACCCUCCGAGGUGCUGUCCCCCACCGAGGAUCCCCGCUCGCCACCAGCCUGCUCUUCGUCCUCAUCCUCCCUCUUCUCGGCUGUGGUGGCCCGACGCCUGGGCCGCGGCUCGGUCAGUGACUGUAGCGAUGGCACUUCAGAGCUGGAGGAGCCCCUGGGAGAGGACCCUCGGGCCCGACCACCAGGCCCUCCGGAGCUGGGUGCCUUCCGCGGGCCUCCGCUGGCCCGCCUGCCCCACGACCCUGGCGUCUUCCGUGUUUACCCCCGGCCCCGGGGUGGCCCUGAGCCCCUGAGCCCCUUCCCUGUGUCCCCUCUGGCUGGGCCCGGCUCCCUGUUACCGCCUCAGCUCUCACCAGCUCUGCCCAUGACGCCCACCCACCUAGCCUACACGCCCUCGCCCACGCUGAGCCCCAUGUAUCCCAGUGGUGGCGGGGGCCCCAGUGGCUCAGGGGGAGGCUCCCACUUCUCCUUCAGCCCCGAGGACAUGAAACGGUACCUGCAGGCCCACACCCAAAGCGUCUACAACUACCACCUCAGCCCCCGCGCCUUCCUGCACUACCCUGGGCUGGUGGUGCCCCAGCCCCAGCGCCCUGACAAGUGCCCGCUGCCACCCAUGGCACCCGAGACCCCACCGGUCCCCUCGUCAGCCUCGUCGUCCUCCCCAUUCAAGUUUAAGCUCCAGCCACCCCCACUGGGACGCCGGCAGCGGGCAGCUGGCGAGAAGGCUCCAGUGGGCGCCGACAAGAGCGGCGGCGUUGGCAGUGGUGGCGGCACCGGUGGGCUGGCUGAGGGGGUGGGGGCGCUGGCCCCACCACCACCGCCGCCACCGCCGCCGCAGAUCAAGGUGGAACCUAUUUCGGAAGGGGAGUCAGAGGAGGUGGAGGUGACGGACAUAAGUGACGAGGAUGAGGAAGAUGGAGAGGUGUUCAAGACGCCUCGUGCGCCCCCUGUGCCCCCCAAGCCUGAGCCGGGCGAGGCACUGGGGGCCACGCAGUGCAUGCCCCUCAAGCUGCGCUUUAAACGCCGCUGGAGUGAAGACUGUCGCCUGGAGGGGGGCGGGGGCUCCGCCGGGGGCCUCGAGGAUGAGGGUGAGGACAAGAAGGUGCGAGGGGAGGCUGGGGGUCCCCUUACCCCGAGGCGGGUGAGCUCUGACCUCCAGCACGCCACAGCCCAGCUCUCCCUGGAGCAUCGAGAUUCCUGA